GGGGGAAAAACGAGCAGUGAGUCACAAUUAGCGUAUUCAAAUCAGGUGAGAGAGACAGGGACGGAAGAAAGAAGUGUGCCUCACAUCCGAACAAAUGGAGGAAGAGCGAGGCGAGCAGAUGAAACCUCUGCUAACUACAGGUAAUGAUGAAGAAGCCGUAGUGGACAUGGGGAAGACGAGCUCCACCAUCCAUACUAACUUUGAGAAGGAGGAGCUUGAAAGUCACAGAGCCGUGUACGUCGGGGUCCACGUCCCUUUGGGGCGACAAAGCAGGAGACGGCAUCGACAUCGAGGACACAGACACCACCGCAAACGGAGAGACAGAGGCUCGGAGCGCGAGGACGGACGAGAGUCCCCCACAAACGACACUCCUUCUCAGCGGGUUCAGUUUAUUCUGGGCACUGAGGAUGAUGAUGAAGAGCACAUUCCCCAUGACCUGUUCACCGAGCUGGAUGAGCUGCACUUCCUCAAUGGAGAGAUGUACGAGUGGAAGGAGAUGGCCAGGUGGCUGAAGUUUGAGGAGGACGUGGAGGAUGGAGGUGAGAGGUGGAGUAAGCCGUAUGUAGCCACUCUCUCGCUCCACAGCCUGUUCGAGCUCCGCAGCUGCAUCAUGAACGGCACCGUGCUGCUCGACAUGAGGGCGAACACCAUCGACGAGAUCGCAGACAUGAUCAUCGACAGCAUGGUGGCGUCGCAGCAGCUGGACGAGUCUCUGAUGGAGAAGGUUCGGGAGGCCGUGCUGAAGCGACAUCAUCACCAGAGCGAGAAGAAGCUGAGCAACCGCAUCCCGCUCGUGCGCUCCUUCGCUGAUAUAGGCAAGAAACACUCGGACCCGCACUUACUUGACCGAAACGGUCUCAUGGCGUCUCCACACUCUGCUCCGGGGAAUCUGGAGAACAGUAAACCCAGUGAGAGUCGGAUGAACGGAGGGAGCAGAGAGAACAGCACGGUGGACUUCAGUAAGGUACAAUUACUAUUUUACACAAUUUCCUCUAUGAGUAGGUUCUGUCUGUCUGCUCAAACCGAGAUCCAGUUACACACACACACACACACACGUUUAUAAAAGCUUGCAUUCUCCUUGGCCAUUCUUUGUCCACUUAGGUUUCUAUCAUUACACAAUGGUUGUUUUGUUCACUCGAGUACACGCCGGGGACAGGACACACUUCCCUCUCUGUGGCUCACCUAAUAAUAAAU